GGGAGAGUAAGAUGGUGGCGACCAGCGCUCAGGCUCUGACUCCUCGGCCGGACAGGGCUUCCCGGUCAGAGGCUAAAUCUAUGCUUACGAAUCUGAACUGCUGUUCAUAUGGCAAUGCUGCAUACUUCAGAGAAGAGAACUUGUAUACUGGUAACAAGGACAUGGUCAAACAAAGUGCCACACUUGGUCAUUACAAGCCACAGGUAAAUAGCAAGAAACAAAAAAUGGACACUCAAUUAUUCUCCCCGUUACUAGGAACGAUCACUAAUACACCACCACCACUAGAAUCUUCACGUCUGUAUAGUGACUGGGCUGCAUGUGGAGAUGAUAUCAGCGUAAAAACUACUUUUCAAGACUGCACAAAAAGAAGGGCACAGAUAAAUCUUUCCUAUUCUGGUAAUGGCCCUGAUAUGUUUGGGUUGGUGACAAACAUUUUAGAGGAGCCAAACAAGCCAGAACCAGUUACAGAUUGGAAUUCUCUUUCAAGAUUAUUUCCACCUAUGUGGGCACCUGAUCUUGGAAACAGUGGUGAAUUCUCAGGGCUUUCAUCUAAGCACUCUGUUGAAAGUAAGGAUUUUCCAAACCUGAUUGGCACACAGAACUACUAUCAAGAACAUUUGCAGAAGUCUCAUGAUGUAGAGAUGUUACACAGAGGAUUUGAAGAUCUUCAUCUCAUAGAGUCUUGGCUUUCUCCCCCUGAUUCUUGCACUCAACCUGAUAAUAUCCUGAAGAACAGUUACCCUGAAAGUUCCUCUUUUCAAAAUAAUGCUCUAACUCAGCAAGAAGGGUUUUCAUUUCAGAAUGUGGACUGUAAUCAGCACAUGUGCAAUUAUGACCACAUGAAGUUAAACAGAGACUAUGAAAAAAUCACUUCCAAUUUUAGCACCUUUUGUUCUCAAAACAGAAUUAAAGAAGGCACUAACUUUCAGAAAGAGGUUUGGAAAAAUGAAAGAUUAAGAGCCAAAAUUAUGAAAAAUGAUGCACAGGAAAAAAGAAAGUACUCUCCUGAGCUGUCUAACCAACCUGUUGAUGACUCUUGGGAUAGAGUAUCCCAGGACAACCAAUUAUUUUCUAAAAGAUACGAAAACUUUACAAGUACUCAUAAAUCACAGUCAUCUGUUCAUCCAUCGCUGUAUUUUUUCAAUCAGCCACCUAAAGAAAAUCAUUUUUCUGGAGGAGCAAACAGAAAACCACAAGAAACCCAUGUGCGAAAUGGUCAUAGUAUCUUUACUUUGGGGGAUGUUUUUAAUAAUGAAUGUAAGAUCCAUAUUAAUCCUAAAGAGUGCUCUCAUAAAAUUUCUGAAUAUGAUUCAUCUGUAAAAAAUGUUGUACAAAAUGAGAGUUAUUCAUCAUACCAUGGGCAUUCGUGGCUGGAUGAGAAAACUGCAAGUCCCACAGCUGCAUCAGAUAUUACUUACCGAAAACAAGUGAUUACAAGCCCGCAGUCAUCUUCAGGAGUUUCAACCAUGUCUGGUGGCUCUCCCACCCAUCAAUCUAUAACACAGUCCUCUUACUAUUCACAGAUCUCACCUGUCCUGUCUUCAAGGAAAGACGGAAGGUUACAAGUAUCAAAUGGUGUUUCCAGUAAUUUGGGAGUUUCUAAUUUCAUCUCAGAAAAUCAUAAACAAAUGAAGCCCAUUGGACACUCACAGCAUGAUUCCUUGACGAACAAGGAGGGGCAAUACCGUAAAUCUCCCUUUAAUUUUUCAUCUGACUGGUUAACACAACAGAAUUCUGUAAGUGAAGACUCUGAGAAGUACCAUAGAUUUCAAAAAAAACAAGCCCAGGAGAACAGUAAUAAAGAUGAUAGAAGAGGCAAAAGGAACUGGAUUCCUCAUUUUGGGAAUACAGCCCAAAAUCGUCAACCAUUCAAUAUGUUCCGAAAAAAGCAAGAACAGAACGGUGGUAGCAUGUCAGAUUUCAUCAGUCCUUCUUUUCUUCCUCCUUUCCCAUUAAUGUCUGAUUUCAAGCAAAAUCCCAACUUUCCUCCAUUUAAUCACCAUCUAUUUUCAUCAGCAAAUAAUUUCAGUUUUCCUCCUUCACCAUUCCCAUUCUCAGACCUGGUUGACCUUCUUCAUUAUGAUGAUUUAAACCAGUUGAAUCCUUUCAUCAAUGAUCUGUUUUGUGGGGAAAUAACUGCACCGUACUUUGCCUUUCCGACGCCUUUUAACAAGUAUAGACCUCCAAAAAAUCGCAGUGGACCUGCUAAUGAGCUUCAUACUCGACUGGAGGAGUGUUACGAGCAGUGGAGAGCUUUGGAGAAAGAGAGAAAAAAGACUGAGGCUGACCUUGCAAGAAACUUUCCAGGAAAGCGUGUAUCUAGCUCAAAUAACACUCCUGUGUCCCGACUUCCUGCAAACCCAUCACGAGUUGAUCGUUUGAUUGUGGACCAGUUACGAGAACAAGCCAGAGUACUCACCUUAAUAGGAAAAAUGGAAAGGCUUCGUGGCACUCCGGUACAUGGUAACAUAUCCGCUACUUUGGAACAUCAUUUGGAAGCCAUUCAUGUAACACAAGCGAGGCGCAAGGAUGAGAUUGUUAAUGCUGCUAAUCCACAGAGACAAGGAGCACCACGUUAUAAUAAUGAAAAAGAUGUUCUGGCUCUGGCAGCUGCAAUUAGGGAGCUGGCUGCUUCCACACGCAAGGCUCGUACUGCUUUAUGGUGUGCGUUACAGAUGACUUUACCAAAAACCUCCUUAAGCAGUCCAGAAAAAGAAGUUGUUGAAAGAACAUUACAAGAACUUUGCUCUGCAACCACAAGCACACAAGAAAAAAGCAACAUGGAACAUGAAAAUGAAGGAAGCAAAAAAGAAAAAUCUGAAGAAUCAAUGAGGAUUCUGGAAUAA